CGUGCGCUGGUGCAGUUUCGUCCUUCUUCUAGUGCUGCUUUGCUAGAAGAGUUUGCCCGUCCGUGUCAGUGUGCGUGUGUGUACGUGUGUUUGUGUGCAUUUGACCUUACCGAUUGUGCACCGAGAAGGGCCGCAAAUCUAUUUUCGGCAAAUCGUACGAGUGAGCGAGCGUUUGAGAAGUGUGUCCCCCCUCGGCAUCAUCAAAACAAAGCACCAGAAAACGGAUAUCGUUCAAGAAAAACGAAGCGUCUAGAGAGCGUGUGUGUGAGAGAGAGAUUGAGUUUUAGUUGGAUUCUAUAGUUUUGUUUUGAGGCCAGCAGAGGAACGUAAGAAGCCAGGAUGGGUAAGGAGAAGACUCAUAUUAACAUCGUCGUCAUCGGUCACGUCGACUCCGGCAAGUCGACCACCACCGGUCACCUGAUCUACAAGUGCGGCGGUAUCGACAAGCGUACGAUCGAGAAGUUCGAGAAGGAAGCGCAGGAGAUGGGCAAGGGUUCGUUCAAGUAUGCCUGGGUGCUGGACAAGCUGAAGGCAGAGCGUGAGCGUGGUAUCACGAUCGAUAUCGCGCUGUGGAAGUUCGAGACGGCCAAGUACUACGUGACGAUCAUCGACGCCCCUGGACAUCGCGAUUUCAUCAAGAACAUGAUCACCGGUACGUCGCAGGCUGACUGUGCCGUGCUGAUCGUUGCCGCCGGUACCGGCGAGUUCGAGGCCGGUAUCUCCAAGAACGGCCAAACGCGCGAGCACGCCCUGCUGGCGUUCACGCUCGGCGUCAAGCAGCUGAUCGUCGGUGUGAACAAGAUGGACUCAACCGAUCCGCCGUACCACGAGGCACGCUACGAGGAAAUUAAGAAGGAGGUGUCCUCGUACAUCAAGAAGAUCGGUUACAAUCCGGCCUCGGUUGCGUUCGUGCCGAUCUCGGGCUGGCACGGGGACAACAUGCUCGAACCGUCGGACAAGAUGCCGUGGUUCAAGGGAUGGGCCGUCGAGCGCAAGGAGGGCAAGGCUGAGGGCAAGACGCUGAUCGAAGCCCUGGACAACAUUCUGCCGCCGUCGCGCCCCACCGACAAGCCACUCCGUCUGCCGCUGCAGGACGUCUACAAAAUCGGUGGUAUCGGUACGGUACCGGUCGGUCGUGUUGAAACCGGCGUCCUGAAGCCAGGUAUGGUGGUUGUUUUCGCCCCGGUAAACAUCACCACUGAGGUGAAGUCGGUCGAAAUGCACCACGAGGCACUGUCCGAAGCGCUGCCCGGCGAUAACGUCGGCUUCAACGUUAAGAACGUGUCGGUGAAGGAGUUGCGCCGUGGUUAUGUUGCCGGUGACUCCAAGGCUAGCCCACCAAAGGGUGCCUCCGAUUUUACUGCUCAGGUCAUCGUCCUGAAUCACCCGGGUCAGAUUUGCAACGGCUAUACGCCGGUGCUCGAUUGCCACACCGCUCACAUCGCGUGCAAGUUUGCGGAAAUCAAGGAGAAGUGUGAUCGCCGUUCCGGCAAGGUGACGGAGGAAAACCCGAAGUCGAUCAAGUCCGGCGAUGCUGCCAUCGUCAACCUGGUGCCAAGCAAGCCGCUGUGCGUCGAAAGCUUCCAGGAGUUCCCGCCGCUCGGCCGUUUCGCCGUGCGUGACAUGCGUCAGACGGUGGCGGUCGGCGUCAUCAAGUCGGUCAACUUUAAGGAGGCAUCGGGCGGUAAAGUAACGAAGGCCGCCGAAAAGGCCCAGAAGAAGAAAUAACUAGAGACACAGCAACAUCCGUCACUAGUUGUAGAAGCAGAGGAAUAUGAGUAUGAGCUAGCAGUACUAACAACAGCAGCAGCAGCAGCAGCAGCAGCAGUAGCAGUAGCAGCGAUAAAAAUGGAUAUCCAAUUCUCUACGUUAUUAUUAGAAGAUAAUAAUUAUGAUGAUUAUGAAGAUGAUGCUGACCGCGUACAUGACGACGACGAUGGUGUGAUGGUAACGGCGUGGCUGAAGAAAAAUCUUUCAUUAUUAUUAUUAUUAAAUAAUAAUCUAAGAAUUAAUAUUAACGAUAAACUACCACUUAACCAUGCUUGUACUGAUAAAACUUAUAAUUGUAAUAAUUUAAAACAACGCGGUAUCGUCAGUCCACUGUCCAGCGCGGUGGAUCCGAUUGUCAACAACCUGGAACUGUUCUCCUCCAUCGCACGAUGGCUCGAAGGUGGCCAUCCGGUACCGGCGGUUGCCACGCGCACACCCAAAGACAUUGGCGAAGGCCGAGCGGAUAGGGCGGCAUCUGCAAUGAGCGUGAAAAGCUCCGGCUAUAUCUCUUCCCUCAAACCAUCGCCCUCACUGUCACUAUUCUCAUCGGUCACUAAUUUAUUUUACCACCAUCGCAAAGCAUUUCGGAGGAAAAAUGGCGACGGCCGGAACACGGUCGCUGCAGCAAUGAGGCAGCCUGUUGACGAGACCGUUGGCAGAAGCUGGCAUGGCGGCCCGACCAGCACCAUCAUGGACGACGCCAGCCUCCUUCAGCCCGACACCAUCGCAACCGUCUACGUCCUUAUGCACAGCAUCAUCUUCGUUGUCGUUGCACUUGCAAUUAGCAACAUGAUCGCCACCGCUACCGUAGUGUUAGUACAGUUCCGAACCAACCAAUUGGGUUCAUUACGAUCAUGAUGAUAUUUUGAACGGCAAUGGCGUAUUAGCGAUACCAUCAGUAACUGAAUAGCCGAAUCAGCGGUAUGUUUGUUUUUAAAUUCCACCAUCAAUAUCGAAUCGAUACCUGAGCAUAAAACAAGAAGGGGAGCCUAAACACAGGCAAUGAAGGAAAAAAAAGACAAAAGUAUGGCAAAACAUUUUACGAAGAACAACAAAUACGCUCCUCCAAUGUAGGGCACUA